AUUUUAUUUAUAAAAACGAAGGUUAUGUCUGAAGAAGAGAGAUUAAGGAAGUCAGAGAAUCAAUCCAUGAGAAAAAGUCGUGUCGGUAACAGAUACUUCAGGAUCGACCCUGGAUAUGAUAGGGCAGUGUACGAAAACACCUGUGGAAACUGGGUUAGGAUUAUAUUCACAUUCUUCCUAUUCUACAUCUUUGUAGUAUUCUUCUGGUGGGCCUGUUAUUCACACGGAAUCAGGCAUGUAGACUCAGCAACAUGGCUAUACAUCGGAAUGCUGAUAGUAUCAUGGGUGAUCAUUGUCAUCCUGAUUAUUAUUGGUCAUUACAGUAAUAAAAAUCUACAUAAAGCAGAUAGACUCAGAUUGGAAAUCAAUGAAGAGAAGAAGAAAAGGAGAGAGGAAGAGGAGAAGAAGAGAAAGAGAGAAGAAGCUAUGAAGGAGCUCAAGAGACAAGAAGCCCUCGCAAUGAAAGAUUCCCUAUCAGAUGCUGGAUAUGAAAGAGAUGUUAGAAGAGCUAGAGAUGAAGAUGAUUCUCCUGAUGACCAGGAGGGAUAUGAUAGCGAGAGUGCUGCAACUCCUAGUUCCGAAGACGAAUAAUCUGUUAUUUUUAUCUAAAGACUCACAUUUUA